GCUUCAUUUUUUUUAUAUAAAGAGAAAUUUAUUUCUCAAGUAGUUUUGUUGGUAAUUAGAUGAAAGAGAGAGUAAGAGGAAAGACAAACAGACACGACAAACUGGGCUUAACAGAGAACCGCUGCCCUCGUCACCCGAACCACAAAAAAGAUGGGGGAACACCUUGGCCAGGAGUUCAUGAUGACAGUGGGUUCAGGGAGGCGGAGCAGCUGUUCGUCUGAGCCCGAAGAAUGCUCACCUGGAGCGGGGAGAAAUGCACCAGGAAGCUCGGGGGUGACUCUGAAAAAACAGAUCGGUCUUGUCAGCGCCUGUGGCAUUAUUGUGGGAAACAUCAUCGGAUCUGGGAUUUUUGUGAGUCCCAAGGGCGUCCUGGAGAAUGCCAGUUCAGUAGGGGUAGCCAUCAUUGUGUGGGUUAUUACUGGACUCAUCACAGCCAUCGGUGCUCUCUGCUAUGCAGAGUUGGGAGUGACCAUCCCCAAGUCAGGGGGAGACUACACAUAUGUCAAGGACAUCUUUGGAGGACUGGCUGGGUUCCUGCGUUUAUGGAUUGCAGUGUUGGUUAUUUGCCCCACUAACCAGGCUGUGCUCGCUCUCACCUUCUCCACCUACGUCCUGCAACCCCUCUUUCCCUCCUGCCUGCCCUCAGACACCGGCCUCCGCCUACUGGCUGCCAUCUGCCUGCUGUUUCUGACGUGGGUGAACUGCCACAGUGUGCGAUGGGCCAUGUAUGUCCAAGAUGUCUUCACAGCUGGCAAGCUUUUGGCCUUGGGCCUCAUCAUAAUCAUGGGUUUUGUCCAAAUAUUUAAAGGUCACUAUUACUGGUUGGAGCCAGUACAUGCCUUUGAGACCCUCCGUGACUUUGACGUCGGUCUGUUGGGUCUCUCAUUCCUGCAAGGAUCUUUUGCAUACGGUGGCUGGAACUUCCUCAACUAUGUCACAGAGGAGUUGGUUGACCCACACAGGAAUCUACCCCGGGCAAUCUUCAUCUCUAUCCCCGUGGUUACCUUUGUUUAUGUGUUUGCCAAUGUGGCCUAUGUCACAGCCAUGAGCCCCCAGGAGCUGAUGGCCUCCAACGCUGUGGCAGUGACAUUUGGAGAAAAAUUGCUUGGAGUAAUGUCGUGGAUCAUGCCCGUGUCUGUGAUGCUCUCGACCUUUGGGGGGGUCAAUGGCUCUCUCUUUACAUCAUCGCGGCUGUUUUUCGCUGGUGCCAGAGAAGGCCAUCUACCACGUCUGCUGGCCAUGAUUCAUGUCACACGCUGCACUCCCAUCCCAGCUCUAGUGUUUACUCUGAUUUCCACUUUGCUGAUGUUGUGCUGUGACAUUAACACCCUCAUAAAUUAUGGGGGCUUUAUCAACUCCCUCUUCUACUGCGUCACUGUCGCCGGGCAGAUUGUGCUGCGGAUAAAGGAGCCUGAAAUAUACCGACCCAUCAAGGUGAGCCUGGCGUGGCCAGUGAUCUUCCUGCUGUUCUGGGCCUUUAUGCUGGUCUGCUGCCUCUGCUCUGAGCCUCUAGUCUGUGGUUGUGGCCUGGCCAUCAUGGUGAUUGGGGUGCCUGUAUAUUUUCUGGGAGUCUAUUGGGAAAACAAGCCACGGUAUUUUCACAUCACCAUAGGUAAAAUGACUCAUCUGUGCCAAAAGCUAUGUUUGGUGGUCUACCCUAUGAUGGAUGAGAACCUGGAGACAGGAGGGCAUUGAAAGAAAGAUGAAAAUGGAAUAAGCCCUGAAAUGCUUGACGCAUUAUGAACAAUACCUCACAUUUUAGACGCCCAUUUUAGAGGACUAUGGAUGCCUGGGAAAUAACUUCCAGAAAGAUGAGCUUCACAUAAUGUAAACACUCUAGUUAAAUUUAGCUAAAUAUAUUAAUUUGUUUUUGUUAAUCUGUCACUCUCAGCACGAUUGUUUCAUUGUUUGAAUUGUUUUGAGAUAUAAUAGCACUGACACAAAUGUGAGCUGUUUACACUGUUCUUUGUUUUCAUUGUAUUUUAAAAAGUUCCACCUUUGCCUUUCAAUUUAUGAAUCAGAGAUGAUGGAAAAUGAUGUGCAAUGUUUAGUUUUUUAUUCAUAAUGUACAUUGUUGAUGUAAUCAUCGAACUGUAGUUACACCAAAAUGGACUUUUCAGAUAAUUCAGCAGAUUUUAUGCUUUUUUGACUCAUUUGUUUGUUUAUUUUUGGUUGAAUUACAGUUUUAAAUUAACACAUGAAUGCCCCAUACACACACAGAAAAGCCUGUUAUUCUUUUUAAAUAAACAAGAAAAUAGUAUUUAAAUUAUGAUGCAA